AUUUCCGGGGAAACUCGGGAACUCCCGCGCCUGGCUGGCUCGAGUGUUCGCCCCGUGCGGAGGCGCAGGGUCUCGGGCUAGUCAUGGCGUCCCCAUCUCGGAGGCUGCAGACUAAACCAGUCAUUACUUGUUUCAAAAGCGUUCUCUUGAUCUACACUUUCAUCUUUUGGAUCACUGGUGUUAUCCUUCUUGCCGUUGGCAUUUGGGGCAAGGUGAGCCUGGAAAAUUAUUUUUCCCUCUUAAAUGAGAAGGCCACCAAUGUCCCUUUUGUGCUUAUCGGCACAGGCACUGUCAUCAUUCUGUUGGGCACCUUUGGUUGUUUUGCUACCUGUAGAGCCUCGGCAUGGAUGCUAAAACUGUACGCGAUGUUUCUGACACUCAUUUUCUUAGUCGAACUAGUUGCCGCCAUUGUAGGAUUUGUUUUCAGACAUGAGAUUAAGAACAGCUUUAAAAAUAACUAUGAAAACGCUUUGAAGGAAUACAAUUCCACAAGGGAUUAUAGAAGUGAAGCUGUAGACAAGAUCCAACGUACGUUGCAUUGUUGUGGUGUCACGAAUUACAGGGAUUGGAAAGGUACUAAUUAUUACUCAGAAACAGGAUUUCCCAAGAGUUGCUGUAAACUGGAAGGUUGUUUUCCACACAGGGAUGCAGAUAAAGUUAACGAAGAGGGUUGUUUCAUAAAGGUAAUGACAAUUAUAGAGUCGGAAAUGGGAGUCGUGGCUGGAAUUUCUUUUGGAGUUGCUUGCUUUCAGCUAAUUGGAAUCUUUCUCGCCUACUGCCUCUCACGUGCCAUAACAAAUAAUCAGUAUGAAAUAGUGUAACCAGUAGACACACGGGCUUAUUUCUCUCUUACUUUAAGGUUGAAGGUUACCCUUAUGAGCUAUCAUCACCUGGAUGGAGACUGGCAUCUAAUUAGCCUGAUAAACAGCACCAGUAGACUGAUUCGUCAAGAUAUUUGUGUAUCGUGGUCUAUGUCCAUCUUUUGCCCUAUUCAUAUAUCCCUGAGUCUCUGAAACACUGGAAGAGCUAGUAAAUUGUAGAUGAAAUAAUACCAUGUUUCCCUUGAAUUUUAUUUCUCAGUGUGGGGACUGUGAAAAGUGCUGUGAAUUUGCUAUUUUGAUUCAGUGUUGAUGGAAAUUUCACCCAUAUGAAUCUGCUGUUUCUGUAGUAUGAUAGAAAAUUGGUCUCCCUGAGUGGGCCUCUAACUAGUCAAGACUAUGUGGCUUGAUUGUCUAAUCUGCACCAAGAAGGAAAGUGUUUCAUUAGUCUCUGUUCAUAGGCAGAGUCAUGUUGUAUAAUUUCUUUCCAGCUAGUCAUCAGAUGGUGCCCAUCAUUAGCAUUCCUGGGUGGUGGGAACUGUCUCAGGCUUUGGGUGCAAAGCAUUGAAACUAGGAAGAACUACCUAUGUUCUGUGACACAUCUGCUUUCAGCACCCAGUGUAUGUAUUUUUGUCUCCAAACUAAGGCAUUUAUACUGAUUAUACUUUGUUAUUUGAAAAAUUAUUAUUACUUUUAUGGUAUCAGAACUAUUGUAUUUUCUUUAUGCAUUUAAUGGAACUUAUCUUGAUUAACUUUAGCUAGAUUUUCCUUACCAAGCUGAAAUAAUAGUUCACAUCAACUGUCAACAUUUUGGUUAAUUUUAAUAGUGUUCGUUUUGGCUUGUAUCCUUGAUUAAUAAAUAUACAUCCUUUACACAAUAAA